CUUAACUCCACAAAUCUGUGAUUUUUUUUUGUUUUUUUUAACAAAUAUCCUUCCACCUUUUUUCCCCCGUACAUUCAUUGUGUUUUUGUAAACAAGAGUUUUAAUCCAGGAUUAAGCAUGCAUGAAGGUUACAUAAAAUCUACUGCUAAAUCCUCUAAUAAUAUGCAGGGAUUACAUCACCAUGUGUAUAUGUGUGUGUGCUUUGACGGGGGAAAAAAAGGGAGGAGAUAACCAGUGGAAGUGGGAGGAGAAAUGGCAACAUGGAGACAAUCCAAGCGUCAUAAUCUUAACUGCGUGAAGUGAAAAAGCAGCCAAAUGUGUUUAGAUGGACAGAAGCAGCGGGGAGCGUGUCCCUUCAGCUCAGACAGCAUCCACUCAUCCAGAUGUCUGAGGAAGGUAUUAAGGGAUAAAUCCAACUCCAGUACACUUUGGCAUCAUUCCUAUGCGGAUAGACGAGACCGGAGUAUGUGGAUUCCUAUUUCGGGGUAUGAUGCGUCCACCCGAAGUCGUUCCUCAUUUAUGUCCUGAGUGAACGUGUCCUCCAGCAGCGAUGAUGUUCUGCACCACAUUCCUCUCCACUCCUUCCGAGGAUCUACCAUGCGAAGGUGGCGGCGGAGCUUCACCAGGAAGCGGAGGCUUAGGCCCGGCUAGCUGCUUGUCAUCCUUACACUGUCUGGUUCUCCCUCAAGACGAACUUUACCCGAAUCUCUCGGAGAACGCUCACGCCGCCCGUCAGCUUUCAGUUUGCUCGGAAGUACGAGCUCGCAACUUCAUCGGGGAUAUGCUGCUAGACGUCAGUCGAUGUCGGGAGAGAGAUAGCAGGGGGAUUUGGGACAGGGUGAGGCGGAGACGGAGUCGGUCUGCUUCACCUUUACCCAGCAAAACACCUAAAAGUCCUUGUAGUGAGAGUGUGAAAGGCCCGUCGCUGCCCAUGGCCACCGUGGACAUCAAAAACCCAGAGAUCAGCAACGUUCAGCGUUUCCAUAGCAACUCUCAGGUGAACAACAUCAUGCACUCCACUUUCCCCAAGCGGGAGAAGAAGGGCAAAGGCAAGAAGAAGAGGCUGACCAAGGCUGACAUCGGAACGCCCAGCAACUUCCAGCACAUCGGACACGUAGGAUGGGAUCCAAACACAGGCUUUGACUUGAACAACUUGGACCCCGAGUUGAAGAACCUCUUCGACAUGUGCGGCAUCUCCGAGGCUCAGCUUAAGGACAAAGAGACCUCCAAGGUUAUCUAUGACUUCAUUGAGAAGAAAGGAGGCGUGGAAGCUGUCAAAAAUGAGCUACGGAGACAAGCUCCUCCACCCCCUCCAUCCAGAGGCGGCCCACCGCCCCCACCCCCACACCACACCUCAGGCCCCCCACCUCCUCCUCCGGCCCGAGGCCGUGGCGCCCCGCCACCCCCACCGCCCUCCAGAGCCCCCGUCUCGGCGCCACCCCCUCCACCUCCAUCCCGACCGGGCAUAACCGCGCCCCCGCCUCCACCGCCGAGCCGGGGCUUCUUGCCGCCGCCCCCGCCGCCAUCCCACUCCUCCACCCCAGCGCCACCUCCACCACCACCUCCCCCGACGGCAUUCAGCGGUGCCGCACCACCUCCUCCGCCUCCGCCGCCGCCUCCUGGACCACCUCCGCCCGGUCUGUCCAUGGAGGCUAACGGAGGCGAUAGCGGCCCGCCACCACUUGGGGGCAAGUCGGCCUUGCUGAGUCAGAUCCGGGAAGGCACCCAGUUGAAGAGGGUGGAGCAGAAAGAGAGACCCGUGUCCAGCACCGGACGAGAUGCGCUCCUGGACCAAAUCCGACAAGGAAUCCAACUUAAAACUAGAGACGAUAACGACUCGCCUCCUUCCUCUGUGGCCCCCUCGGCCGGCAUCGUGGGGGCUCUGAUGGAGGUGAUGCAGAAGAGGAGCAAGGCCAUUCAUUCAUCAGAUGAGGACGACGACGAUGAAGAUGAUGAGGACUUUGAAGAUGAGGACGAGUGGGAGGACUAGUCAUGCCCGCCCCCUUUACUUUUGGAUGAUUCUGACGCUUAAAUCUUUAAUUUCAAAUGACAUAAAUGUAAAUGUUCUAUCAAUUUGCUGUAUAUUUUUGUUGCCUUUAUGCUUUUUUUUUUUUUUUUUUUUUCUUAAUCUGUGCAAUACCUCAUUUAAUCUGGACGUUCUCAUAUCUGUUUUGAACUGUCCUCCCAUCUGUCGCUUGUCUCUCAUCACACAUUCCCUGCAUCCUGUCUCUCUCAUCGUCCCAAAAAUAGCGUGCAAUUUUGGCGUCAACCUGUCGUUUUUCCUCUUCUGGUCAGUCAUUGAAGGCAUCAGUGGAAGAGAAGCGAAAACAAAAGAGAUAUUUUCAUACCCUAAUUGUGGUUUAUUUUUACUAAUCAAAUGAUCCUUGUUUAUAUUUUCUUAAAAAGGAAUAUUUAGCGUCAUCUGAUGUUCUGUGUGAAUUUGCUCCAGGUUUUUCUGUUUUUUUUGCACAGAAAGACGAGACUUGCUGCAUGACAACGGGACAUUUCAGGUCUGUAUCAUACGUAUGCUUUACCAGAUGAGAAAGAUGGCGAUGCGGUGGCAUUUUGAUGGUUCUUUCUUCCUUUCCUUAAAUAAACUGACAAUGUUAUUUUAAUAAGUGAUGUUUUUCACACAGUAAUGCCAUGAUUAUGUCGUACCAUUGCAACCCUCGAUGCACUAGGACAUAAAAGCUUAUUUAGCGGAUUAACACUACAUUGAAAUAGAAACACUACAAGGUUUGUUUUAUCUUUUUCUACUUUACAAUAUCAAGUAUUGACAAUGUUUGUUGGAAUCGGGUCGUUGGUCAUGUAAACUUUGAGGAAUAAAGACAUUUUUAGUUUUA